AUCAACGCAUUUUGACAUAUUUACAAAAAAUUCAAAUUAUUAACUAUUUACAUUUACUUACUUCUCAUAAAGUUAAUAAAGUUAUUUUAAUACCUAAUAAUUAAUGUUGUCAAUAAUGAACUUGGAAUGAUGGUAAGGAUCUAGAUCUAGAUAAAUUAGUCAACUGCGUGACAAGAAAACAUGGCCUGGGAUUUAACAUUGGAUUUUGAAUAUGUCGUGACGAAAAAAGAAGCGCCUCGCCUUUGUUUUGGAACCUGUCUGAGUAGAGAGGUGCUGCCUACCAAGGGCCCGUGUUUAAGUCCGUUUAUGAGAAGGAAUUUAGGUGAAAUAAGGCCUAAUUUGGGUCCUGGAUCUCAUGACGUAGACCGAGACGCCUUCUACGAUCUUCAACACAGGAUUUAUAGUAAACUUUACUAUGGACCAAAGACUCCGCGGUGGCUAACAAAACACGAGUAUCAACCGCCGCCGAGAGAACCACUUCCACCCAAACCGGUUCGUUACAACUGUGCAGCUUUCAAUUCUACUUCAAAAAGAAAGGGUUUAUUCAAAAGUAACGAUUAUCCUGCACCAUGUGAUUACUUGCCAGAGACUAAAAAGAGGCAAAUGCAAUAUUCGUACUGCUUUUCUGGAAAGAAGACUUUGAGGUGUCCUGUACAGAUAAAGUGCGUUCCGUAUAACUUAGACGCUUGUGGAGUUUGUGGCUGUUCUUGUUCAGCACAAGGAGAUUAUUGGCAAUUCGAAAAUAGAUUAUUUCUAUGCAGAGAUCAUUACAAUUUACUGUUCACUCACUGUCUCGCCAAAUUUCAAGGAGCAAAACUCGCUGAUUUUAAGUCUAUAAGGGAUUGUUUCUUCGCACAUGCGCACAAUAGUUGUAAGGCAGCAUUAAAAAUAAUGAAAGUGGAAGAAAUCCAAAAAAAACUUCGUAAAGAAGCUUAUCUCGACCUUUAUUUUCCACAGCGCCGAUUUUGUAAUAAUUAGUAGCACC